CGGCCGUCCCCCAGAGCGGCCUAAGCAGAGCGGCUCCAGCGAGCGGCGCCGCCGGCAGACAGGCAUGACGCCCGCGUAGACUCGCCACCAGUAUGGAGCUGGCGGUGCUUCGCGACGACUGCGGAGGUGGUGGCAGCGGCAGCGGGGGCGGUGGAGGCGGCAGCGGCGGCGGCAGCGGCAGCGGGUUGGCCACGACCGCGCCUCGCGUGCUGGACGACGGCUACGGCUCGUCCAACAGCUCGCCGCACAGCUCAGGGCCGCGCCAGUCUCGGGCGAGCUGCGGUCACAACACCACCGCCUGUGUCCUGACGCGCAAGAGAGACCUGCAGGUCCAGCUGGAGGACGCCGAGAAGGGCCCGGUCGUCGUGGGCGUCGCGUUGUGCCCGUCCAGCGCCGGCGACGGCGGGGGCGGCGGAGGCGGCGGGGGCGGCGCGGCGGCGGGAGCGGUGGCCGCCACGGACGCCGCCCUCGUGGUCGUGCGGUAG